GGCCUCUGAGCCGCCUGGCUUGAGAAUAGUCCGAGGCAGCGCCAGCAGACCAGGUUCCUUCUGGGUCAUCUCCAACACCAACACACAUUCCCACGGCCGCCUCCACUCCCACCACAGCACAAGCAUCAACGGCGUCCGCCAAGCCGUCACCGUAUCCCCACGCUACAGCUCACAAUCUGCGUAUAGACCGUUUCCGCAUCGUUUGCAGCUCCUGUGUUCCUGACCCAGUCCGAUCCGCUCGACGAUCCUGCACUACGCUACAUCAUCCUACGCCCCACCACCACACGCCAAGAUGUGUGCCAUGGCGGUUGCCCAAAGCGACUACUACAAAGUCUUGGAUCUCGAUCGCUCGGCCAGCGACGAGGAAAUCAGGAGAGCCUAUCGAAAGAUGGCUCUGAAGUUCCAUCCAGAGAAAAACAAAUCCCCCGAAGCCAUCGACUUGUUCUACAGGAUCGCCGAGAGCUAUGAUGUUCUCAGUAACGCCCAACGAAGGGCCAUCUACGACCAGUAUGGUCCGGACGGACUCACGAACGGCAUCCCAACACGUGAAGGCUUCGAUGGAUAUCCCGGCGGAUAUCAGCCGCCGACCGACCCUCUGGUCGUUUUCUCAAGCUUCUUUGGAGGCACCAACCCGUUCUCGGACUUUUUCUCGAUCCACACGGAUCCUGCACGCCCGCUCACAACGUCCAACAUCAAGAAUCCGCCCGAGAGCAGCGACAAACUUGGGCGCCUGUUUGGGCAAAAGUUUGGCGGUCUACAUGGCAUGAACAAAGGAUCGGUUGGCCUUGGAGCCGGACCGGUGCAAGCGCCGCCAAUCGAGUCCUUUUUGGAUGUGACCCUCGAGGAGCUGUAUACGGGAGCCGUCAAGCGUGUCAAGAUCAAGCGCAAGGUGCUUAACGACGAUGGCAUGACGACGCGCGUAGAGGAGAAGCUGUUGAGUAUCGGGAUCGAAAAAGGCCUCAAAAACGGUACACGUGUGGCAUUCCCCCAGCUUGGAGACCAGGGUGGAAACAUGAUUCCAGCCGAUUUGGUGUUCAUCAUCCGCGAGAAACCCCAUCCGGUAUUCACCCGCAACGGAGACAACCUCGAAUACACCUCGGACAUCCCCUUGAUCAAAGCUUUGAUUGGAUCUGUGGUCGAAAUCAAGACACUCGAUAAGCGGAUACUGAAGAUUCCCAUUACUCAGGUUGUCAGCCCUGAGAGUGUCAUCGAAGUCUCGAAAGAGGGCAUGCCCAUCUACAAGUCCGUUUCGGAGGAGCAGGGCAAGCUGCUGAUCAAGUUCAAGAUCACGUUUCCGACCUAUUUUUCGGAAAGCCAAAAGAAACUGCUCCAUCAGGCCUUCGUGCAGCAGUAAACACUCUCUCAGCGAAUACUGAGUGCCCGACGGCAGCAAUUGACAAUGAAACGAGGAUCUCGAUGGGACAGGGCGACGGAACGGCAUCAUGACCGCAUAGGAGACCGCGAUGCCUGAAGAGGACGCGGCAGACACAGUGAAGCUGAACAAUGAU